UCCUGCAAUAGCAACAGAGAGUAGUCCACACAGAGAACCAUUUAUCCAGAUAUCACCCAUGCCAGAUAAUACUGUAUUGGCAGUAGGUCAAGAUGGUAUAGUCUCAGUCUGGACACCAGAUCUUAAGUUGAAGAAAAGUCGCUGCAUUCUGGAUGCGAAUAAACAACCAAACCGGAAAAUUAAGUGGAUAUCUGAUUCCACAUUGAUGCCUCAAUAUAACAAGUUAAUUGUUGGAACAUGUGACAGAGAGAUUCGCCUUUAUGAACUCUCCAGCUUUGAACCAUACUGCCAGAUUGUUGGUUUUGAGACAAUGCCACUGCACCUAGGUUACAGUCUACAUGAUGCUGAUGAGUGUAUCAUUUACUUUGGUGAUGAGCAAGGAUGUAUCAACAUUAUUAUAAUGUCCCACGUGGCAGAAACCCUCAGGAAUUGGACAAAAUGUCAAGUUGUAGAUGAGAUUCCCAGUAUUGCAAUAGAUAACAUUUCAGAACUGAAAAAUGUGAGAUAUAUACGUUGGAAGGUACAUAAUGAUUGGGUUACACAGAUCAGAUACGUUCAUUCAAUUGAAUCAAUUAUCUCAAGUUCCAAUGACGAUUACACAGCACUUAUAAUAGGUUGUGUAGAGGGAACCAAAAAUUUACAGAAGCGCCUAAAAGACCUAAUGGAAUCUGGCAGCAUGAGAAGCAAGAGGUCUAUGUUGGCUGGAAAUGUUCCUCCCAAAAGAGAUAUCAGUGAUGAAUCCCUCUUUAGGGUCAAACGAGGUGUCAAAACCUUUGAUUUCUCCAAGGAAGCUAACAUUCUGGUAACUGGAGGACUAGACAGGAUUGUGCGUGUUUGGAAUCCAUAUGUGCCUGGUUGGCCCACAGGGUUACUGCGUGGACACUCGUCCCCCAUCACCUACCUGCAGAUCGGUGAUGAGAACACAAACAUUUACUCAGUGUCCACAGACUGCACUGUGAUGGUAUGGGACAUAGAAAAUCACACCUGCCUUAUCAAUGUAAUAGCCAAAGCAAGCCAGAUCAGAGGAGAUAUUGCUGCGUGUUACUUUUCUCAUCACCUCAGGACCCUUUUCAUAGCAACAGACAACCUUUCUGCACUGCAGCUGCAAGAGAUUGCCGCUCCUCAUGGACCCCCAUCGGUUUCCCACAAUGAUCCAGUCACCAGCUGUCUGUAUAACCAGCUAAAUCAGCAGAUAAUUAGCUGUUCUGCGGGAUCAGUAAUGAAGACAUGGGAUCUGUGGACAGGCCAGCUUAUAGGCCAAGUACUAGCCACUCAUGGCCACUCCUCGGUCACAUGCAUGGCACUGGACCCUGUUGGAAAUAGACUGGUAUCAGGUGGUAAAGAUGGGAGUGUAAAGCUGUGGGACUACAACUCCAAUUUUCUCACCCCUACAAGGGCACUUAUACAGGGCAGCACAGCAGGCGGCUCUAGAGGUGGAAUCAGUGACCUCAUAUAUGCACCACACAACCACAAUCGGUAUAUAGUAUCUGUUUCCUAUGACGGGCAAAUCCGAAUAUUUCCGUUGGAUGCUGUAACACCAGAAGUACUGCCAAAAUUUACCUGGAGUAUUAAUAUGACAAAUGAACAUGAAAACAAAUUCUGCCUGGCUUCAUCCUCCUCUAAUAUGGUUGCCGUGUCCAGCUGUAAUGGUGAAGUUUAUGUGUGGAGCCUUGAAACUGGGGAGUUCCUGUGCCAUCUUAAUUCUUCUAAUGGAGAAGUGGACAAUGAAAUAGGUAAUUUAGCCAUAAGCAAAGCUGUUUUUCUUUGCUCAAGAUUUGAUAGGAAAAAAGACUCUGCAGUUCUAAUAACCAGCGGACCUAGAGGUUAUAUAACUUUUUGGAAUAUUGUUGGUGGCGGCAAAGUGUUUGCAAGGUUUGAAGGGUCACAAUACAAGUGUAUGGUAAAUGCCAUGGAUGUGAGUGAAGAUGACUCCCUGCUAUGUGCAGCUGACCAGCUAUUCCACGUCUAUGUCUGGAAUAUAUCCCAGUAUGCACUGGGUGUGCCAGAGGAGCAACCACCUGCCCUACUGCACUGCUGGAGGGCGCACAUGUGUGAUAUUACAAGAGUGAUCCCUGUGGAGAAGCAUAAGGUGAUAGUUACUUCAUCACAGGACUGCACUGUGAAGCUAUGGACUACACAGGGGGAAUUUAUAGGAACAUUUGGGCAAAAUAAACCCUGGUGCCUUAACAAUACUGAAUCCAAGAAAGAAGAGCCCGGUGACAGUAAAGAACCAUCACAAGAUCCACGUGGGUGCAGCCAGGCUGGAGAGGAAGAAAGGACACAAAUGAACGAGGUCCCUGAGCUGGAGGCUUCUUCUAUCGCAGUACAAGAUAAGGAUAUUGCGGCUGAGCUAAAAAACAGAAUUUCCGUCAUGUCCAAACACAGAAUAAAAACGUUGAAUCCAAAGCAAGUGGAGCUUCAGCAAGCAUGUGGGAGACUGAAUACCUAUAAAUCAUUGCAAAUAUGUGAUUUAAUGUCAGUUUCAACUACCAUCCGAAAGCCAAACCCAGCAGAAGAGCUGAAUGACCCAUAUGACCUGGCUUUCUAAGUCCAUCCAUGGUUGUCAGAAACCCUGCACUGUUAUAAGUUUGUACUGCUCAGACAAACCUAUUUACUAUGGCUUGUAACGAAUGAGAGCAAUUCAGCUCGGAUACAAAUGUGAAUUACAUAGCCUUCAGAUCUUAAAGGGA